ACAUACGUAGUAGUAGCGAAAGGACAGGCGGUAGAUCUCAUUAUGGCUGUUGUACGUAAGGUAUCGGCCUAAUGCCAUCUGUUCCGAAGCAGGCAAUGGGAUGAAACCGAGCGGCCCGGUACGCGACAGUGCGCCUUGCUCGAAGCCGUCGUCUCAUGCUACGGAUUAAGAGGGCCAUCUAUCUUUGUGUCUAUGAUCAACUCGAGAUUUAAACACUCGCUGAACCCCAAGAAUCUAUCAGACGCGGAAGUAUCUUCAUUCCUUUGCUACUUUGACUACCUGCUCUUGGUUCAUCUCCCUCAGCACGUCACAUAAGCAGCCAGACUCUGCUCCCAUCACCUUAACAGCUUGUAACCCCGCAAAUCCUCCAUCAUGCUCGGAAAAAUUGCGCUUGAGGAAGCCUUUGCUCUCCCACGGUUUCAAGAGAAGACACGUUGGUGGGCAGGACUUUUUGCCAUCGACCCCGAGAAGCACGCAGCUGAAAUCUCCGACGUUGCGGACAUUCGGCUCAACUACAUGGACAAACACGGUGUCGGGUUCACCAUUCUAUCGUACACAGCACCUGGAAUUCAGGACAUCUGGGAUCCAAAGGAAGCGCAGUUGUUGGCCAAAGAGAUCAAUGAUUACAUUGCUCCCGAGGUUAAGAAACAUCCUGAGCGUUUCGGCGCGUUUGCAACCCUUUCUAUGCAUGACCCCAAGGAAGCUGCCGAAGAGUUGAGGCGUUGUGUAACUGAGUACGGCUUUUUGGGCGCCCUUGUCAACGACACUCAGCGGGCAGGCCCUGACGGUGACGACAUGAUCUUCUACGACGGCCCGGAGUGGGAUGUUUUCUGGUCUACAGUGACUGAACUCGAUGUUCCUUUCUACCUGCACCCAAGAAAUCCCACCGGAACCAUUCACGAAAAGCUAUGGGCAAAGCGCUCAUGGCUCAUUGGACCUCCAUUGAGCUUUUCGCAGGGAGUCAGUCUUCACGUCCUCGGAAUGGUCACAAAUGGUGUUUUCGAUCGCCAUCCGAAGCUCCAAAUUAUCUUGGGCCACCUAGGAGAGAAGAUACCAUUCGACAUGUGGCGCAUCAACCACUGGUUCGAGGAUCGAACUAUCCGCGAGUACUUUGCAAGCAACUUGUGGAUCACGACCAGUGGGCAUUUCUCCACCACGACUCUUCAGUUCUGCAUGGCUGAAGUAGGAGCGGAUCGCAUCUUGUUUUCGAUUGACUACCCUUUCGAGUCUUUCUCGGAUGGAUGCGAUUGGUACGAUGCUCUUCCCAUCAAUGAUAACGACAAGAAGAAAAUCGGGCGGGAUAACGCCAAGCAACUGUUCAAGCUGCCGGGUUUCAAGGACAGUGAGGCGUAA